CUUGUGAAGAUGUCGGCGGAGUGUUGUUUCGUGUAAAGUCGAGAAAAAAAAAACUCAAAAAAUACUUGAAAAUCAUUACAAAAUUGAUCGAAUCACUAGUGGAACCGUGUUCCCCCCCAAUCGGAUCGGGUGUCGUCGUGUGUCCUCGCGGGAAGUGGGCGGAUUCGUCGCGGCCUGGGAGCAGUGUUUUUGAGGCUGCCCUUUUUCGAGUGAAGGAAUUUUUUGGCUUGGCUUGGGCGCCUGGUGUGAGAAUUUUUCUUCUCCUGACAGCGCCCUCCCGGACGGGGUUUGGGUCACACUGCUUUCCGUGUGUGGCCAGCACCUCACGCGGCGUAAAAUGGCCUCGUGCCUGAUGGAAGCGGUCCGGAUUCCGGCCGAAUGAAGUAAGAGUGAAGAAGGGUAGAGACCCGCUAUGAGGUCGUCGAGGAACGGAACGAAAAUUUCGGAAGAACCAGUCAAAAUGGUGCUGAUGCUGCCAAAAGUGACAAUCAUGGUUGUCUAGAGCUAGUUUGACCUCCCACUGAGCAAAAUAAAGGUCUGGAUUCGGGAUAAAAUUAUAUAAUACAGCAAGAAAGGAUUGUCUUCGAAUCAUAGCGGAACUGGAUCCGUGCAAUUUCAAUUUCUGCAAGUAAUUAAUUGACCGAACCUCGCCCCCCAACAAGGAAUAUUAAAUCCACCGUUGAAGCAGCGUAACCCGUAGCAGGUUCCGUGAAAAGUGGGCCGCGCCACCACUCGUCGCGGGCCACAACUGGCCGAAUAAGGUCAAAACAAGAAAUUCAACUCGCGUUGGCCUGGUCUGGUUGGCGCUGGCUGGCUGCGGCUGGCGUUUUUUCGCAGGUGGGCGAACACCGUGGAAGCGCAUUAAGCGCGAGUGAGUGCGUAUUUCGGGUUGGUUUUGUGACCGCAGAGGGGAAAAGAAGAAAUCGAGUCGCGGGGAUCGCAAAUUUCAGCUAAUCGUGGAGCCGCAGGGGAAAGAUAUCUGUGAAUCUGUGUCGUGUCCGUACAGCUUGUGUGAAUGUUUACAAAGUUGGCUCCGAGGAAAAAAAAGGCUACAAAGUGAAGUGAAUAACCCCGAUAAUCAGCGAGAGAUAAGGAAAAAUAAAGUGUAUUAUUCCAAUCCUACGAUCUGCUGAAUUUAAUGUCUGCUCGUCGUGUGUUUGUUCCGUGGGAAUAGAGGCAGAAGGAGCAGCAGUGCCAGAGAGGUCGCGUACACCGGGGCAAAACCCUGUGUGUUUGGGAUAGAAGCAGACUCGCAGAGCCGUGUGCGGAUAGAAUUUCAAAUUGCCGUCACGAUGCAGGGCCGCGCCUUCGGGAUGUCCGCCGCCGUGAACCGGGCCGGAGUGUACGACGGGAAGAUAGCUGGCCUAUACGACCUGGAGGAGACGCUCGGCUCGGGCCACUUUGCGGUGGUCAAGCUGGCCCGGCACGUCUUCACGGGCGAGAAGGUCGCCGUCAAGGUCAUCGAGAAGACCAAGCUGGACGAGAUUUCGCGCGCUCACCUGUUCCAGGAAGUGCGAUGUAUGAAGCUGGUGCAGCAUCCGCACGUGGUGCGGCUGUACGAGGUCAUCGAUACGCAGACGAAGCUAUACCUGAUACUGGAGCUGGGCGAUGGUGGAGAUCUGUACGAUUACAUUAUGCGGCACGACAAGGGACUGUCGGAGCACGUCGCGCAGGAGUACUUUCGCCAGAUUGUGCGGGCCAUUUCGUACUGCCAUCAGCUGCAUGUAGUGCACAGAGACUUAAAACCAGAGAAUGUAGUAUUCUUCGAGAAGCUGGGAGUGGUAAAACUGACUGAUUUUGGGUUUAGUAACAAAUUUUGUCCGGGUCAAAAGCUGGAAACGUCCUGCGGAAGUCUGGCCUAUUCAGCGCCGGAAAUUCUGCUGGGCGAUUCGUACGACGCACCGGCAGUUGACGUUUGGUCACUGGGAGUCAUUCUAUUCAUGCUGGUCUGCGGCCAUCCUCCCUUCCAGGAGGCCAACGACUCCGAGACGCUCACGAUGAUCAUGGACUGCAAGUACACGAUGCCGGAACACGUUUCGGAAGGUUGUCGGAGACUCAUCAGCACCAUGCUGGUGCGGGAGCCGGAAAACCGCGCCACCCUGCAGCAGAUCGCCCAGGAUCCGUGGCUGCUCGAGGGCAGCAGCACCGAGGAGAUUCCCGAGUAUCUGCCGUUGGUCAGCCGGGAGCAGGUGAGCGAGGAGGAUCACGCGCUCAUCCUGCAGAAGAUGGUCAACGGCAAAAUCGCUACCAAAGAGGAAAUUUUAGAGGCUUUAGAUCGUAACGAGUAUAACCACAUCACGGCGACGUACUUUCUGCUGGCGGAGCGAAAAUUGCGCGCCCACCGCCAGGAGGAAGCCCAGAAGCGGAAACCGGAGCUCACGUUGCCGGUGUCCAGUUCGGCGCGAUUACAAAACUUCCGCAAGGACUCCGAGGACGACCCGAAGGAGGACAGUUUGCUGCCACCAAAGUUGGGAAUGCUGCUGAGCGUACCGCGGACACCGGGCACUGAAACUGGACAGGGUCGCAACCGCAAGUGCAGCAUCGUGCAGGAGGAGGAGGACGACGAGGACGACGUGACUGGUGCGGGCCACGAGGAACUGUCCACGCCGUUGAACAGGCGCGGCUCCCGCUCGGAGGGCCGCAUCAACGUGACCGUGCAGGACCGGAUAGCUGAGUCGGAGCGGUUGAAGCAGGAAGCAUCGGCGGCGGCGGCGGCGGCGGCAGCUGCGGCCAAAGAGAAGGAACUGGAGCAGUUGAUGAAGCAGGAAACGAAGGAGAACUCCAUGCUCGGGGGGUUUGGGGCGAUCGGUAACGUGACGCUGAUUACGAGCGAAAACAGUUGUACCAAAGAUCGGCUCGGGAUCGCGGGUGGAGGGCUGCAGCGGAAGGUGCCGGAGAUCAAGCGGGGUGGGUUGGACUUUGUGAAGAAGAGUUCCUCCAUUUUGAAGCCAAGUUUGGGCAAGUUGGGUGAUGGUAAUUUGCGGGGCGGAUCGUUUGACAAGUGUAUUGCUAGUAUUAAGGACGUGGAGUUGGUGAGCACCAAGAUUCUGACGGACAGUUCGACGAUCACGAUUCCACUUCCGAGUUUGAACAUUGUGACCACUUCGACGAUUCCAAAGUACAAGACGAUGCCAUCGCCCACCAGGGCGAACACCAUUCUAAGCGCCAACACCAACUGUUUGAACGAGAUAUUCGAGGAGGGCACGGAUGUUGGCAGUUCGGACAGCACGAGUACGACCCCGCGGCCGGUGGUCAGGAAUCAGUUCAACGUGAGGCAGCAAGCCCCGGGUGGGCCAGCUGCCGGCAACAACGUCCAUCGGCGGACAAAGUUCAACAAGUCGCGGACGGCGUCGUGCAGCAGUUCGGACGCGUCGGAUGACGACUCGGAGAACCGCAAGAAGCGAGCGCACAAAAUUGUCGAUUCCACCGUGAAGCCACAAACUCAGCGGCGGGACUCACACGACGAUUCGAGCGAUUCGCAGGACCCGGGCAAUGCGGCGGCCCCGUCCGGAACGCAAACCGGAGCCUGUGUGCGGGCCAUCAUGACCGGCACUUCCACCAACGGCAACAGCAGUCAGUCGCCGUCGGAUAAAAACUCCGGCAGCGGAGGCGGAAGUGGCGGCGGAACCCACAGAAAGUCUUCCCAGCAGGUCGAUUUUCGGCGCCACCGGGGUCGCAGGAGGCCCGUCGAAACGCGACUUCGCGAGAGCCAAUCCCUCAAUCGGAUCACCGAAGUGCAAGAGUCGGAGAUCUCGCAUUCGGCUGCGAUUGCAGCUGCUGCGGCCGCGGCCGCCGGUGCCAUAGCUUGCUCCAACAAUGUGCCAAACGCGGACGAUUGUCCGUUUGAAGACGGAAACGAUCGCACGACGAGGCAGAACGACAGCACACCGGACGAGGAGGAAGCUGGCGUUGCUUGCGGUGGUGGUGGCGGUGACAGCAAACAGGUUGCAGAUUGCACGACUACGACGACGACGACGUCCGGCAGCACGAGUGGAAGUAAACCGAAAGGCUUCAGCGCGCGGAUAUUCCACACCUUCAAGAAGCAGCAUCCGUCGUCGAAUAGUUCAACGCCCAGCAGUGUGGACGGCGGGGAGCGAGCGGUCGAGGUCGAGAAUGGUGGUGCUGCCACCGGAAACGAUAUUGAGAUCAUGGUCGAGCUGAAGAAGGCGUACGCGUCCUCCGAGAGCAACAACAGCAAAAGCACGAAAAAGAUUAAAAUUCUUGGACGAUACUUUCAGGUCCACAAAAAGUUCUACGUUCCGCUGUCGGGUCUGUUCCAGCGGGGUCGGCUCUACAAAGCGCAGUCCUGCGGCUCGAUCGUACGGGACAAAGUCAACGUGAACCCCAAUGGCGGUUCCGGAGCGGGUGGCACCACCCGCGGCGGCACCAACGCCCGCCACUCGACCAUCUUCAACGAGAAGAACCGCUUCAUCAAAAACUGUCUGAGCGGGUCGCGGCUUCUGGGCAGCGACGGCGACAUCAACCAUAACGGGAACAGUUUCAUCACGCUGCCACCGGGAGGAGCUGCGACGACUGUGGCGGCCAUGACCAACGGCAGUGUUUCUCCUGUGGACCAUCAGCAACAACACCAACACCAGCACCACCACCAUCACCUGCCGGCGGGCGCCAGUCCGUGUGGGCUGCUGGCCGCCGGAACCGGUGCCGCCGCGUCUGUGCCAAUCAAAACUGCGUAGUAGGGAAUGGGACGGAAUGGGACGUCGCCGCCGCGCUCGCAGCCCGCUUACCUCUAGAUUUGUGUUUUUUUUGUCCUUUAGGUUUAAAUCUAGACUGAAUGUUCCUUACGUAAGUGUAUGUAUGUAUGUAUUAGUUUACGGUCCCGACGGGUCGCGCGCACGCACACUCUCGCAGAGACAUUUCCAGCCUCCGGGGACGAUUGGAUCCGUCCACAACACAAACAGGCAGUUUGGUACUGCACCAAUCGGGGAUUUAGCUCGGCGUGUUUGUAAAUGUGGGUGUGCGUGCGCGAAACGGCAAGGGGCAGUCUACGUGCAAUAACUAGAUGAGCUUAGGUUUUACGUUGGUUUGAUUUUACAGUUUCACGUAUUUUCUCUCGAAUAGCAAGCAACUGUUAAUUGAGACGACAACAAAAUACAAGUAUUCUUUUUCUUUCACAAUGAUGUGUGUGUGCGUGUAGAAGGAUUAAGCAAAGACACGUAUAUAUUUAAAUUUCUACCACUAAUGACACCGUUUUUUUGAAAGAGAGAGUUAGACAUUUAAACAAAAGUAGUAAUAUGUUACAACUACACACACUCACUCACACACCACACAACAGUGAAGCAAAUCAUUUGACCGCAAAACCGAUAAAAAAAAAAACAAUAUAAAACAUUUUGUAUGUGCUGUGCACAGGUUUUUGAACUGCGACUGCGAGAGGAGGUGGCCGUUUUCGAAACGUAACCCAUUUGAUGUUUUGUUUUUGCGUUCGAGAAGUUUUUAAAAGAGAAGAAAAGAGAGAAAACACGUUGCCAAGAUUAGCUCGUUUUUAAGCCUUUCUGUAUUGUUUGUUUGUUUUCCUCUAUUCGCACGUAAUCUCAUAAGUGUGUGUGUUGUAACUUCAAGGUGGAAAAACAAAGCGAAACUGGCGUGUGUGUGAAAUCGAAGUGAAGUUUGCUGACAAACAAGAAUAAUAGUUACUAUCGUGGGAGCAUAAUUAGGAAGCUUUUAUUCAACCGAUUAAAAGCACGCAUCAAAAGUUUCAAUUUCAGUUACGUCAUUUUGGUGGAGACGGAUGAUGUGUCAUGCGUCUCCACUGGGAUUUUGCAUAUCAAAUAAAGUUGAGUGAUUCCAGUUGUUGAAUGAUUUAUCUUUAAAAAAAUAAAAUGAUAUUUUCAUCAAGUGUUUUGAAUUUUUUUUUUUUUCCAUUCAAUAAAGCCAAAUAUUUCUAUGAAAAAAAAAAUUGUCAAUCUAUGUCGAUUUUGUUGUUGGUUUUAUUCCAUCUUAAAAUAAGGCAGACAAAUAUUUGUUUAUUUUAUUAUUCUACUAUAUUUGUUUAUUCGUUGAAAAAAAACUUGCCAAAAGAACGUGACCCUAUUAGUCCGACUAUUUUUUCAAACCAGUCAGUGAAAUUUACAUUCAACUUGAAAAUCGCUAAACUUGUUUUCAAUUUUGUUUACUAUGUGAGCAAUUCUAGAAGAAUUGGCAAAUAAGUUGAAGAUUUGACUUAAGUAUUUCCCUACUUUCCCUAUAAUCAAACAAGUCAUUUUCAUCCCUUGGUCGUCCGUACAAUUUUGGCAACCGUCCACUUAGAAAUGAACACUUCUUGAGUUUUUUUUAAAGGUCCUAUAAGCUAUUGUGUUUCAUAUGUUAAUAGGACCUAUUAAAAAACUUUAGACUUGUAUUAAAAAAGAAUGAAUUUUGUUGAUUUCUAUCAAUAUUGAUGAGCAAAAAAUGGGCAUUAAGCCUAAAUAAGUUAAGCAAAAUUACUCAAAAAAAAAAAAGUGUACUUUCAAACGCAUCCAAGAACGAGGCCGAACUCUUACCCCUUUUUGAGAUAUUAAAAUUUAAAAAAUGCGGUUUUUUCAUGUUUUUUUUUUUUGCUGCAUUUAUACUUACUAAAUUCGCUGCGAUGAAACUUAAACGAAAUGAUAGAGCCGAAAAACUCAUUUUUUUCAAGCAUCACCCUAACCAAGGCCCAAAAAUCUCAUUUAAGUGGCAAAAAAAAAAUGAAACAAACUGUUUUAUUUUUAUUUCUAGUCCAACUUUCAUAAUUUUAAUGUCAAAAGUAUUAGAAAAUGCUUUAUACAUUAUUAUAGUUAUGCUUUUGUCAAAAAAUGUGCAAAAUAUUAAUCAAAUUAGGUAUAAUGUUUGUUUCCUUUAGUUUUGUGACUUUUCCGAUCUGUUGUCCCUACACUGCAAAUUUUCCAAAAUCCUCAAAAUUUGAUUGAAAUUAUAGAAAAAAAAGUUAUACGCUGUAUUCUUAAUAUAGUUAAAAAUCGAUGUUACAAGUUUUUUUAAAAUACAAAGUUACUUUUUAGCAACUUUUGCCGGCCCUGGGGAAAUUUUGAAGGAGGCUGACAAAACAUGAAAAAACAAUUGCAUCGGUCUUGCUCAAAAACCUCUAGACUUUUGUGAACUUGUUAAGUUAUUUUCCAAAUUAUUACCCUCUACCGUCCACUUUUAACAAAUUGUUUUCCUUUCCCUUGAUCAGGAGAUCAUUUUGAGCAUUUUUUAUUCUACAAAAAAUACUUCUAUUUUUGUUAAUUUUCUUCAUUAGUUUAAAAUAUUAUUUAAUGAUAAAUGUUUCUGUUUUAUGUAUUUCCGCGUUGUCAAUCAUUUGAAAAAUCCUUAAAAAAAAUUUAAACUUUGUAAAACAGCAAAGAAUAGUUCCGCAAAAAAAAAAAAUCGUCAGACCAGUGUUGUAAAUGCGUGAUAGAAAAAACUAUCAUUUGAAGAUUCCUGCACCAAAACAUCAGCAGUUAUAGCGACCGUCACUUGUGAGUUCUCUUUUUUUAUUUCAUGAUUGCCAGCAUGAGCAUUCUCUUUGUAUCACUCCUUCUCCUUUUCUCGUUUGCGCACACUCAUCAAAGAUUAUUUUGUUUUCUCAAAAAAUCAGCAUAAAAAUGGUAGUCGCUGAGAACUGAAAACGUGAUAUUUUUACAACCCUGGUCAAAACUUGUUUUAUUUUAUUUUAUUUUUGAUGAUUGCAAAACAAAUAUACUAAUGUACAUUGCAUUUUUAUGCACUUGUUCAGUCAAAAACAAGGCUAAAAUUUACCAAUUGGGUCCUAAAAUUAAGCUAAAUUUUGUGAUACUAUUAUUCACAACGAGAAAGAUUUUUUUUUUGAGUACAAUGACCCUUUGUUCGACCGCAAAGGAUUUAAAAUCGAUUUUUAACCCAAUUUUUAAAAAUUAACUUCGCGGCGCUUCUUGACAGAAAAUGUCUCACUUGACAUCUCGUUCCAAGGAGACCAUAGUUGAUCAAUCGAAAAAAAAUUGUCUAGUCAAUUUAUUUUUUUGGCUUUGAAAUGAAAAAAAUGUGAUCAGAUAUGGGUUUUUAAUCUUUUUUUUUUACCGUUGUACAUUUCGACGCCAACAUUUCAAAAAGCAUCAUGUACAAACCAUGCGUUUUGAGAAAAACGCAUUUGAAUGUGGAGCAUCCAUUUUCAAUUCCCAUUUUAAUAUAAAAGCAAAAUAAGAUGUUCUAAUAAUAACAAACGAUGAAAAACGUUGCUUUUACUGAUACUUGAUCAUCCAAAUUCAAUAAAACAUUAUUUCCGUCGUUUUAUUUAAGAAAAACAAACAUAACUCCUUUUGAAAUCACUAACGUCUAUAUCACCCUGCUGUCAUUAAGCGGGACGCUUUGUUAUGAUUCGUUUUUCUUCGCCGAAUGUAGGUACAUGGCGCUUUGUUCAUGAUGCUUUUUUUUCGUUCAUGUAGUCUUUUAUUUGACAGGUUGACAGGGCUAUAUAAACAGGGACUUCUGAUGGCAGAGAUUUUGUUUAUGUUACUUUAUUUAAAAUCAUUAUUAAACAGACUUUACUGAAGUAACUUUUGCUCAUUUUUGGUGGAGAGGUAGCUUAUUAGGAGUACUUUCAGAAUAUGCAAUAACCCAGAAAGUGUCAAAAUGUACAUGAUGCCUAUUGAAAUGUUACCGUCGAUUUACAAAGGGCUUUAAAACCCUACACAUGAAAAAUGUUAAAUCAUAAAAACCCAAGAUUUUCAAAAAAAUCUAUGAACUUUCCUUCCAAAUGCUUUUUGAAAAAUCAUCAAAAUUGGCCUAACAAUGGUUUUUGGGGAGAUUCUUAAAUUUAAAAUACAAAUUUGACAGAGAAAUGAGAAUGUCUAGAAAACUCGUUCUCAAGAUACAUGUUUUUUUAAAUUUCCUUUUUUCUAUGGACAGCUGUUGACAUUUUAUAUAAAAACUGGACGAACUAACGAUGAAAUUUGCUGCUUUGGUCAUAGAGGGAAAAAUACCAAUCCCAAGUUUCAGCAUAACAAAAAAUAAAACAAAUUUCACUGUUCAAAGUCUCACAGAAUUGCUCAUAUUCACAAAUGCACAUCGUACCUAAUUUUCAAAGCAAUUUAACAGAAAACAACAAAAAUAAUGGUCAGCAAACAUCUUGGCUCCUUGCGUGUAUGUGCGUGUGUGUAUGACGACUGAACGUUUGAAAAAAAAAGUUCGUGUAUUCUCUCGGUGGAAGACGGAUUCACGAUGAAAAAGAUUGACCCUUAGCAGUAAUCAGAAAAUAAAUGUAACCGAGUAAGUGGUAUGAAGAUGAAUAAACUAAAUAAAAAAACUGAAAGAAUGCAAGCUGGACUUGUGCAGAAAAAAGUAAUAUAUUUAUAUAUCGACAGUGAGGAAAAUAAAGCAGAAAUCAUUAGUUCAAUGUUUGACUUUAUAUUUCGCGCAUUUUACUUUUUAAGAUGAAUUUACACACAUUGAUAAGAAUUUGUCACGGUAGAAAAUUAAAACAAACUUAGAAUUAAAACAACAACAACAAAAAAACCAAACAAGCUAGUGAAAUUGUACUACUUUUAGACGGAAACGAACACACACACACAGCACAGCACAGCACUACUUAUGUGUAACACAGAACCUGUUUAAACGAGAUUUGAACCAACAAAACAAAAAAAAACGAACGCUUCUACCGGACCAGCUUAGCAAGCACGUACGUACGUUUUCCGGGCGACGACUUCCUAUUUUUUUGCGCAAAUCAACACACGCAGGUUAAACGGUACACAGUUGUGCGCGCAGAAAAGCUAGAAGGAAACCAACCAAACAACAUUAAAAACUACACACAGCAAAAAGUUACAAAUAAAAAUCUCUUACUCGCUCUCUACUCAACACAGCACUAUCUAUCUAAAACUGAUAUCCGACUCUGUCCUAUUCUAUUCUACAAAGCUACU